ACCGCUCCGCGCGCACCGCUGACACACGCACCCGUCUCCGAACGACCGCGCGGCGCAUCGCCUCUUCGUGCCGUCAUCGUCCCCAAAUAUUUAUUCUCUGAAGCUUUUUUGAGUGUCCCCAUCGUCUGUCGGAGUAAUUAUUCAUGGAAGCCCUUAAAGUUAAAGACGUACAAUGACGGGACAAUCGAGCACCUGAACAGGUAUCCUGAGACGCGGAAGAGAGGAGGAAUAUUCUGGAGCUAUCCUCAUCUCUUCACCUUGGACGGUUACUAGAAAGCACCGCGCAGCACGUCCGUCCGUGACGCGGGGAGAGCGGACUUUCCUCACAUGCUGAUCCAUUGAACUGUUGAAGAUAUAAAAAUUAACCCAGCGGACUGUUGGGUUUCCUCUGGGUUCGGGAGCUCGGAGGAACGGCAUCGAUCAAGAGGAAUAUCUUUACUGGGACUCCGCUUUUUAUUUCGCUGCCGUUGGAAAUCCACAGACAAGAGGACGAUGAGCUGACAACAUCGCGCGGUCUCAUUUUGGAAAAGAACCCUUCCAUAUUCACCGAAUCACUCACAGCUACAACGUUCAUCAGUACAGAGAAAUGCUUGAGUUGUGAAGGAAGGAAUCGAAUAUCAUCGCAGUCAUGGAUCUUAAAGAUUAUUACCUGUUGGCCGCUCUGCUGGCGUGUCUGUGGCUGGACCCUUCUAUCGCCCAGGAGCUUAUCUAUCCCAUCAGAGAAGAGUUGCAGGAAAACGUUCUCAUUGGAAACAUACCAAAGGACCUCAACAUCUCACACACAAACGCCGCCACGGGCGCCAGCGCUAACCUGGUGUACCGGCUGGUGUCCAAGGCGGGGGACAACCCACUGGUGCGCGUGCUGAGCAGCACGGGGGACAUCUUCACCACCUCCAACCGGAUCGACCGCGAGAGGCUCUGCCCAGGGCCGUCCUUCGAGGACAGCGAGUGCUCCUUUGAGAUUGAGGUGGUCAUCCUGCCUAAUGACUACUUCCGACUCAUCAAAAUCAAAAUGGUGGUGAAGGACACCAACGACAACGCACCCAUGUUCCCCUCACCGGUCAUCAACAUCUCCAUCCCUGAGAACACGCUCAUCAACAGCCGCUUCGCCAUCCCGUCGGCCACCGACCCCGACACGGGUCCCAACAGUGUCCACAAGUACGAGCUGGUGAACGGACAGAGCGCCUUCGGCCUGGACAUCGUGGAGACGCCGGAGGGGGAAAAGUGGCCGCAACUCAUCGUGCAGCAGAACCUGGACCGUGAGCAGAAGGACACGUACGUGAUGAAGGUGAAGGUGGAGGAUGGCGGGAGCCCCCAGAAGUCCAGCACAGCCAUCCUGCAGGUGACUGUGACCGACGUCAACGACAAUCGGCCCGUGUUUAAGGACAGCCAGGUGGAGGUGCACAUCCCGGAGAACUCGGCAAUCGGGACGUCCGUCGUGCAUCUGCUGGCCACGGACGCGGACAUCGGGUCCAACGCGGACAUCCGUUACGUGUUCGGCACGCAGGUUCCACCCGCCACUAAAAGACUGUUUGCGUUGAACUCGACCACCGGUCUGAUCACCGUGCAGCGUCCCCUGGACAGAGAGGAGACGGCCAUCCACAAGCUCUCCGUGUUAGCCAGCGACGGCAGCUCCAGUCCGGCCAAAGCAACCAUUAACAUCAACGUGACGGAUGUCAACGACAACCCGCCAAACAUAGACCUGCGCUACAUCAUCGUACCCAUUAACGGCACCGUUUUCCUGUCAGAGAAAGAUCCCAUCAAUACCAAGAUAGCCCUCAUCACCGUCUCGGACAAAGACACGGACAUCAACGGCAAGGUCAUCUGCUUUAUAGAGAAGGACGUUCCGUUCCAUUUGAAGGCUGUGUACGACAACCAGUAUCUACUGGAGACUUCUGCUUUGCUGGAUUAUGAGGGAACCAAAGAAUACAACUUUAAAAUCGUGGCCUCGGACUCCGGGAAGCCGAGCCUCAACCAGACGGCGUUGGUCAGAGUCCGGCUAGAGGACGAGAACGACAACCCGCCGGUGUUCACUCAGCCGGUCAUCGAGCUGGCCAUCAUGGAGAACAACAAGCGCGACCUGUUUCUCACCACGCUGACUGCCACGGACGAGGACAACGGCAAGAACGCCGAGAUCGUUUACCAGCUGGGCCCCAACGCCUCUUUCUUUGACCUGGACCGCAAAACAGGCGUGCUGACGGCAUCGCGUGUGUUUGACCGCGAGGACCAGGACCGCUUCUUGUUCACGGUGACCGCCAGAGACAACGGCACGCCACCGCUGCAGACGCAGGCUGCUGUCAUAGUGACCAUACUGGACGAGAAUGACAACAACCCCAAGUUCACCCACAACCACUUUCAGUUCUUUGUGUCUGAGAACCUCCCCAAGUACAGCACCGUGGGCGUUAUCACCGUGACGGACACCGAUGCCGGGGAGAACGCCGCCGUCUCCCUCUCCAUCCUCAACGACAACGAGAACUUCAUCCUUGACCCGUACUCCGGCGUGAUCAAGUCCAACGUGUCUUUCGACCGCGAGCAGCAGAGCUCGUACACAUUCGAUGUCAGAGCCGUGGACGGCGGGCGCCCGCCCUGUUCAUCGGCCGCCAAGGUCACCAUCAAUGUCAUCGACGUGAAUGACAACACCCCUGUCGUCAUCUCCCCCUCCUCCAACGCCUCCUUCAGGCUUGUGCCGCUCUCCUCCAUCCCAGGCUCCGUGGUGGCGGAGGUGUUCGCCGUGGACGGAGAUACGGGGAUGAACGCCGAACUCAAAUACAGCAUUGUGAGCGGCAACAACCGGGGCCUGUUCAGGAUCGACCCCGUCACGGGCAACAUCACGCUUGAGGAGAAGCCCACCAUGACCGACAUCGGCUUGCACAGGCUGGUGGUGAACAUCAGCGACCUGGGCUACCCAAAGUCCCUCCACACGCUGGUGCUGGUCUUCCUGUAUGUCAACGACACAGCGGGGAACGCCACGCUCAUCAACGAGCUCAUCCGCCGCACCAUGGAGACGCCCAUUGACCGCAACAUCGGCGAAAGCAGCGAGACAUACCAGAGUGGUGACUACCUCACCAUCAUGAUCGCCUUCGUGACCGGCGCCCUCGUGGUUGUCAUCGUGAUCUUUGUGACGGUCCUGCUGCGCUGCCGCCACGCCUCGCGCUUCAAGGCGGCUCAGAGGAAGAAGCAGGGGGCAGAGUGGAUGUCCCCCAACACGGAGAACAAACAGAACAAGAAGAAGAAGAGGAAGAAAAGGAAGUCACCCAAAAGCUCCCUGCUCAACUUUGUCACCAUCGAGGAGAGCAAGCCCGACGACCCCGCCCACGAGCCCAUCAACGGGACCAUCAGCAUCCCCACGGAGCUGGAGGAGCAGGGGAUUGGUCGCUUCGAUUGGAACGCCCCACCCACCACCACCUUCAAACCCAGCAGCCCCGACCUUGCCCGGCACUACAAGUCUGCCUCCCCUCAGUCGGCCUUCCACCUGAAGGCGGACACGCCGGUGUCGGUGAAGAAGCAUCACGUGAUUCAGGAGCUCCCGUUGGAUAACACGUUUGUUGGGGGCUGCGACACACUCUCCAAGAGGUCGUCCACCAGCUCAGACCACUUCAGCGCGUCUGAGUGCAGCUCCCAGGGCGCGUUCAAGACCAAGGCCCCCAUGCACACCAGGCAGCAGGGAACAUUAACUCGCGCACGAACCGAACUCAACCCUGAAUAUCUGGACCUCCGCCCGAGAGCUGAGCUGAACCCCGAGUACUGGACCCCCUGCACCCCUUUAUCUCAGCGGCGAGUCACGUUCCACCUCCCCGAUGGCUCCCAGGAGAGCUGCAGUGACAGUGGUCUGGGAGAGCAGGAGCCCUCUGGUUCCCUCCUCACACAUCCUCUCCCUCUGGUGCAGGCUCACGACCAGCUCUACGACCAGGCCUCGCCCGACAAGAGGACCGAAGCCGACGGCAACUCUGACCCCAACUCUGACGGUCCGCUGGGUCCUCGCGGGUUGGUGGAGGCCACCGAGAUGUGCACCCAGGAAUGUCUGGUCCUUGGACACUCGGACAACUGCUGGAUGCCCCCUACCCUAGGGACCUACCAGCAGCCCAAGUCUCCGGUCUCUGGUUUCGGCUCCUCGCAGCGGGAGUGGGGGCCCAAGGACGCGCUCCUCAACGGACACACGCUGACCCGGUCUUGGAAGCACGAGGGUGGUCGCUCGGACCACUUUGGAGAGCGCAAGAUAUUUGGGAGUGGAGAGGGACACUUCACCACCGCCAGCAACAUGGCGGACAUCCCUCUGGCUAGCCUGAAGUCCUACCAGCCAAGCUCAUGCCCAGAGAGUCCCAAGGAACAGCAGCUAUAAGAGGAACUAACUGAACGAUCUGUCUCCGUCCCUCUGGGACCACGGCACACAGGGGAAGACUCAAACACAGGCUCCUUGUUUCAACUUUUCUCCUUUUUCUUCUUUGUUCUUUUGUUUCAUUGAGUUUCUUUGAGACUUAAGUUGAUGCUUCUGCGAUCGCUCCCUCUCUUCUGUAGACCACUAGAUUUAGCGCCUCUGCUCUGCACCCUUACAGCUUAACUUUAAUACGACACCGGUUGGAGUUCACUUUUUUUAUAAUCAAAUGUGGAAGGAAUUCUUUGACUUUACCUUUUUCUGUCCACCUCCUGUGAUUUUGGACGAAAUCCUGGGGACGACCAAUGCGCAGGAAUGGACAGAAUGGAAAAAAAUGAAUAAAAAAAGAAAAAAGAAAAAGCGUUCCUAAAAACGUUGCUGGGUGACCAAUAUAUCCUGAUAUUUGUGGUGUGGUUGUUAUUGAGUUAUUUGGGACUAUGUUAAUCAACACAAUCAACGUAACUGGGAGAAAACACUGUUAGUGGACUCUUGUUUACUCUGUCUAUGUCUGUGUGUUUGUAAAUAGGACCUAUUAACCAAUCAUGUACCCGUUAUAAUCCGACCAGUAGGACAGUGAUCCUCAUUAUGGCUUUGUGUUACAUUAAUUUCACAACUCAGCUGGACCAAGAUAUUUAAAAUGCGGCCAAACGUUUGUUGACUUCAUCAUUGCCCUAGAGUUAUUUUAAAAAACAAUUUCCCCCAAAACUGUAUUCCACUUUCCAUUUCUUUGCUUUUUUGAAGUGCUGCGCCACCGUUGUUUUCAAUAUAUAUAUAUAUGUAUUCUGUAAGAAGGAUGUCAGUACUCAAUAUUCUACAUUAUACAAUUUAAAUGGUGAAAAGUAAAGUUCCUCUAAAAAACGAUUUUAAAAAGUGUUGAGUAAAAUUCAAUAGCAAUAUAUUUGUAAAUGGCUAAAUGUUUUAUCUAAUGUUGAUCUUAAUACUGUAUACAUUUUAUCGAAAGUGAUUUUCAGCAGAGCUCAAAUUCUCAGUAGUACUUGCAAUUUAGUUACAUAUAUGAAUAUAAUUUCCAUACAGAAUAUUUUUCCAUACGUAGAGAAAACAAAACGACGACAGACCUAAUUCAAUGUGCCUUCGUGACGUUUUUUACGUAAAUUUAAAUGAGGACAUCCUUUCUAAAAGACAAACAGGUCAUGAAUGUUGGACAAAUUUAAACACAUCAUGCAGAUUUGAAAAGACUAAAUUAGCUCUGUGAAAUCAAAUGAAACGAACAGGCAUGUGUCAUCGGGCAUAAAUUAUUCUAUCAUUCAUAACUUUUCCUCCCCCCCCUCCCCCACAGCAUGGAAGGCUAAUUUACACAAGGGAAUAGCAUGCGACAAGUUAUAGCUCUUAAAAUGAAGUGGAUUAUUUUGUGUCAUAUUUCAUUUUGUCUAUACCAGAUUUGUGUAUUAAGAAGGCAUCGUUUGUAAAGCACCUUCAUGUUACCGUCACAAAACAACCUUCUGUUAGGGGUGGAGUGUUGAGUUUGCUUACUGCAGUAUGUUUGUCGUGGGGGUGUGUGACAUCACAGAUAUUGAAACAGUUAAUCCUUGUUAUUAUUCUACAGGUAUACGGCUACUGCAAUAAAUGUUUUCAUUAUGCACACAC